AUGGGAUGGCUGCCGAGAAGCGGGAGUCAUACUGCAGCUGCACCUCGCCCGUCUUCUCGUCCAUCCAUCCCUCCAGUACCUAUUUGGGAUGCGGGUUGCGCAAGCGUUUGUGGCCUUCUGUCCCUCGUCCCAAUAAUAUUCUGGGAAAUAGAGGGCCCGGCAGUACCCCACGAGUGUCGCAUUGCACUCCUAGCCCUCCUCCCUGACCUGGGGAUGGAUGUGGAUGGCGAUGCCUGGCGGGAGGGGGACGAUUCCGACACUGGUGGUCCGCCAGCUCAGGGAUGGUAUGUGGAGAUCUGA